AAAUUUCUUUUCCUGUUCUACAAAUGGAUAGACCUCAUGAUAUGUGCGCUGUUUGUCUGAACAGGAAACGCAACAAGGUCAGCAUACAAUGUAAACACAGCUUUUGCAAGCGAUGCCUGCAAAAGGUCUAUGAUAUAAGUCCUUCCAAGAGUUGUCCACUUUGUCGUGCGCCUUUCGAAUAUUAUAUUCGUGAGCGUGGUUCGGGCACAAAAAUCGUAUUUUUCUCCUAAUGGGAAAACCUGAUAUUUUGAUAUUUUAUACCAAGAUGAAGAAACAAUUUUCUUCAAAAUGCAUUCUCUGUUUUGUGGAUUAUUCAGAC